CUGUGGGACGGCGAGCCUCACGUCUUCCCCAAGCGGGCACACCCCCUUCCCGCAGGGAGACAGUCGUACCACCCACUCUGCUGGGCUUAGGCCCACUUCAUCCACUCUCACCGGCCGCAUCCGGGCUCAGUUUCCCGCGGAGACACGCUUAAAGACGACCAACUGCAGCUGAGCGUUUCGCGGGCCCUGCCCACCGGAUGAGGCCCGAGUGGAAGCCCGGGUAGAAGAGCCCAGUGUCCGAGUCACCAUGUUCUACCAGAUUCCCCUGAGCGCUUCACCACCACACGCUAACUGCCUGGACGUGUGGAAGGAGAAGAACGACCAGUUAGUUAAACAGAUCAAGGUGGCUCAAACCUCCUCCGUCUUGCCUCUGAGGCGACAGCAUUUGGCUCAAGAUGCACUGGAAGGAUUCAGGGGACUCCUCCAUAGUAUGCAAGGGCUCCCUGUGACUCUUCCUGUUCUUCCUUUGGAAUUGAUUGUUACCUGCAACUUCAUUACACUGAGGGCAAGCUUGGCCCAGGGAUUUGUUGAGGACCUGGCACAGGAUAUCCAGCAGAGCCUAGAGAGAGUGCUGGAGAUCCAGGAACAGCCAGGACUCGGGCCGGAAUAUGGGGUCAAGAGGCUGUGGGACUCUGUGCUCCAUGCUUCUUCCCUUUUGCCUGAGCUGCUCCCUGUCCUGCAUCACCUGGCUGCGCUGCAGGCUGUACUCUGGCUGAUCAAUAACCGUCUUGAGGACAUGAUCUUGUUGCUGCAGACCCUGAAUGGCAGUCAGAGUGAGGCCUCAGAGGAUCUGCUCCUGCUUCUAAAAAUGUGGAGUCCCCCAGCUGAGGAGUCAGAUGCCCCACUGACCCUGCAGGAUGCCAGGGGCUUGCGGGAUGUCCUUCUGACAGCAUUUGCCUUCCGCCAAGGCCUUCAGGAGCUAAUCACUGGGAGCCUGCCCAAGGCACUGAGCAGCCUGCAUGAAGCAGCCUCAGGUCUAUGUCCACGGUCUGUGUUGGUCCAGGUGUACACAGCCUUGGCUACCUGUCUCCGAAAGAUGGGAUAUCCACAGAGAGCUCAGCUGUACUUGGUUGCAGCCCUGAAAGGAGGAUCAACCUGGGGUCCCCCACUUCUGGAGGCCUCCAGGCUCUAUCAUCAACUGGGAAACAUAGCAGCAGAGCUGGAGAGUCUGGAGCUGCUAGUUGAGGCAUUAAGUCUUACGUAUAGCUCUGAAGCCCCCCAGCCUCUCAUUGAGGUAGAGUUGCUACUCCCACAACCUGAGCCAACCUCACCCCUUCACUGUGGCACACAGAGCCAGGCCAAGUACCUACUAGCAAGUCGAUGCCUACAAACAGGAAGGGCAGAGGACGCUGCAGAGCAUUACUUGGAUCUCCUGGCCCUGUUGCUGGAUGACUCGGAGCCAAAGUUCACCCCAUCUCCAGGUCUCCCAGGGCCCAGUAUGCCUGAGAUAUUCUUGGAGGCAGCUGCUGCGCUGAUCCAAGCAGGCCGAGCCCUUGAUGCUUUGACUGUAUGUGAAGAGCUGCUUAGCCGCACAUCGUCUCUGUUACCCAAGAUGCCCUGGCUGUGGGAAGAUGCCAAAAAAGGAACCAAGGAGUCAUCGCACUGCCCACUCUGGGUCUCCGCCACCUACCUGCUUCAAGGCCAAGCUUGGGUGCAAGUGGGAGCCAAAAAAGAAGCAGUUAGUGAAUUUAGCAGGUGCCUUGAGCUGCUCUUCCGGGCCACACCUAAGGAAAAAGGACAAGGUGCAGAUUCCAACUGUGAGCAGGGUUGUACAUCUGAUGUGAUACUACAGCACCUUCGUGUAGCUGCUCUGAUAAGUCGUGGACUAGGAUGGGUAGCCAGUGGCCAGGAUACCAAAGCCCUCCAGGACUUCCUCCUCAGUGUGCAGAUGUGUCCAGGUAAUCAGGAUGCCUCCCUUCACCUGCUUCAGACUCUGAGAAGGCUGAAUCGGAAAAAUGAGGCCACUGCCCUCUGGGGGAAGCUGGAGGCCCAAACUAAAUUGCCACAGGAGAACGCUGCAUGGUCUUUCCCCCUGUACUUAGAAAUCUGUUUGAGCUGGAUCCAUCCCCCUGACCGUGAAACCCUUCUUGAAGAGCUUCGGACAUCUGUGCUGGAGCCUUGUGACCUAUAGCUGUCAUGUUUCGAAGAGUCUGAGGCCCCAGUGGGCCAUCUCUCUGUGUGCUUUCUUGUUUACCAUUCUUGGGGACGUAACUUAGCUGACCAUUCCGAUAUGUCUGGCACUGGAGAGGUUGGUUAUAGUCCUACGAAAUUUGGCCUAGUUAUUGCCAUUCGGGUUCCAGUGGAAGCCCUUACUAUCAAUGAGACAUCAUUUUCAUGGUGCCCUUUUUUCUCUUUCCUCAUUUGUUGUAUUGAGUAAAAUCUUAUAUUUA